UCCCAGAAACCCGAUUUUCGAAAUCUCUAUCUCUCUUCUUUUGGUGGUGAAGAUUUCUCUGUUUUUUUACACCUUAUGUUUCCUUCGUCUUUCUCAAACCCAUUCAUUGCAUUACUUCAUUAACAUCAGAAGUACUCAUUUAAUCGCAGCAAAAGAUUCCCAGGUUUAGUAGCUGAGGAUUGUUGUAAAUUUGAACUUGAGGUUGAAGCUUCGAGUGAUUGCCAGCUAAGGAUAUGAUGAAUGGAACUCAAUACUGGGGUGAAAGUUCCAGUUCGACUUCCCUUAGCAGUCAGCAAGAUAUUGAGGAUGACCGGAUGAUUGCCCUUGUGCUAUCAGAAGAGUAUGCCAAAUUGGAUGGUACAGUUGGUAGACGAAUUUCCAACUUGGCACCUGUUCCGCAUGUGCCCCGAAUUAAUUCCUUCAUCCCCAACAUGAAUGAUGCUAGCAUGGAUCACCAGCGUCUUCUUCAGAGGUUGACCAUCUAUGGUUUAUGUGAAGUUAGAAUCGCUGGGGAUGGAAACUGUCAGUUCCGUGCACUUUCGGACCAGCUUUUUAGGUCACCUGAACACCACAAGCAUGUUCGAAAAGAGAUUGUAAAACAGCUCAAAGAUCACCGUUCCUUAUAUGAAUGCUAUGUACCAAUGAAGUAUAAACAGUAUUACAAGAAAAUGGCAAAAUCUGGAGAAUGGGGGGACCAUGUUACCUUGCAGGCAGCUGCUGAUAAGUUUGCAGCAAAGAUAUGCCUUUUGACAUCAUUCAGAGACACUUGUUUCAUCGAAAUUAUGCCACUAUAUGAAGCUCCGAAGCGUGAGUUGUGGUUAAGCUUCUGGUCAGAGGUUCACUACAAUUCUUUAUAUGAAAUUCGAGAUGCACCAAUCCCACGUAAUCCAAGGAGGAGACACUGGUUGUUCUAGGAGAGGUAUAUAAUAAGCAUUAAGAUGUAAUGUUGUUUGGUCGUAUUAGAGGUAAGGAAAAAGUUCACAAAUCUCCCUUCAACUUUUGAGCUUUGGCAAAUAAACACCUCAACUUUUGAUUUUGGAAAUUAACGCCUUUUUUCUUUUGGGUAUAUUUGGAACUUGAUUUUGAACUACAACUGGAUAUGAAGUCCUUUUAACUUUGAAAACCAUCUUUAUAGUGUCUUUUCUUUGACCUCCACGCUUGAAGGAGUCAAUCACUCAUCCUUCCAUUAAUCUCUGUGCGAUCAGCUCCAUUCUUAGAAUGCAACAUAUCAUAAGAUUAGACAUCCUUUAAGAGAAAAAAAUUCUUCUAAUGUGAGUUUGUCUGAAGAAUUGCACAAGUAAAAUGCGUCUGCGUUUAAUUUAAUUUAAAAUACACCGUGAUCAUUACCCACCGAAAUUUAAAGGUGAAUGUACUCGUGUACUCUAGAGGAGCCUUAUUCCACUGUACAUUUUUUUAGUUUAUGGAAGUAACUUUGCCAAAAUUGAAAAAAAUUUAUUUAAGUUUCGAAGUUUAAGUAAAAGAGGAAAGGGAGGCAGAGAAAUUACUUUUUCCCCCUCUACUUUUUGAGGUGGUUUGGGCACGUAAUGAGAAGGUCCCUGAAUGCUCCCGUGAGAAUAAAAGUUUGUUACCAAGAGCUCAACACAAAAAGAGGUAGAGGUAGACCGAAACUUACUUGGGGGAAGGUAGUAAAACAAGAUUUAAUGGAGUGGGAUAUAGAUUGGCAGACGAUGGAAUGGAGAAAAGCUAUAAGCAUGGUGGAGGGUUAGACCCGUUGUUAUUCCUAUGUUCCAGAUGGUCCGUUUUUAGUCAUUUUCCCCUUCGUUUCCUCUCUUCUUCUUUUCCCUUUCUUUUUUACUUUUAUAUAUAUAUUCUAUUUAUUUAUUUUUAUAUUUACUUUUAUGUUUCUUUUUUCAACCUUUUUAUAUCUUUCAUUUGGGUUCAUCUACCACCGAUCCCAAUUAAUUUGGGAUAAAGGUGUUGUUGAUGUUGAUGUUGACCUAUAUCAUGUCUUUGUCUUUUAUCGUGUGGGGCAGCAAAGUAUUAUUAUAUAUAUAUUUUUUUUUUCUUUUUUAAUUAGUUUCAUUUUAAAGUAACUGGUGUCUCCAUUUAUUAUGCUAGAUUUACGAAGAUGUCUAUACCACAUAAGUGGCCUUCCUUUUUCCCUUGAUUAGUCUAUUAGUCAGUAUAAUUAAAUGAUAUGAAAAUCCUUGUUGGUUCAAAGAGGGGAGAGGGAAGAAUCAAUUUACACCUAUGUAAGUCUAACAAGUCGCAUAUCCAUUACGAGUCGGGCAUCUCACUUGUAUCUAAUAGCUCACAUGACUAAUAAAUUAUAGCCAAUAAAUACAAGUUGAUCCCUUUCCAUGGAUUAGGUUUGAAGACAUCAGCUGAUCCUAUUGCUUGGGUUGGCUGUUGGUUAUAAAUUUGUGUGAUUUCUAGAAUGCAAUGCUAUUAACUCUAUCCAAAUAGAGUUAUGUUAGCAUUUCUGAAUUUAAAUGUUGAUUGUUUUCAGAAAAAAUUUGUCUGUUUAGUUGUUGUUUCAACUUUAUAACUGCACCUAGUAUUUGUAUGUUAUGUAAAUGUCAUAUUUGAUUUUAAUGAAAAUAUGAACUGCUGAUGUUAUUCUUGAAUGUAUUUGCUAGCUGGAUGCUGUUGUAUCACAGGAUGCCGGGAGGAGCAUUUGAACAAGUAACAUUGCUUGGAGAGAAAACUAAAAAAGACAAAAAUUAGUGGAAAGCAAUGAGGAAAGAGAUGAUGUAAAAGGAGAAGAUUCCGGUAGCUUUUUGGUAGGAGAAAAAAAACAAAACUUGAUGAGCUUUUGGGAAGAAUCAAUCACAGCCCUUGAAGAAAGAAGGAAUGAGGACACACGUUUGGCUUGAGUCCUGCUUCUUGGACGAAAUUAGGAGGGGAGCCAAGCUCCUGAGCUGCUGCUGAAUUCUGCAGAAGAAAAUGGACAAGGAAGUCCUAGGUUGCUGCCCAAGGGGGAUUUAUUUUUUUUGAUAAAAUGGUGGAAGUGAGGUUCGAAUCUAUAACCUUAUACAAAAAUUGAAACCCCUCACCAUUAUAGACCAAUCCUAGAACAUAGCUGCUGAGAGCAUCCUUCUCUUUGUCUUUUCUGCUUAUAUUUUCUUAUAUUUUUGAAAAGAAAACAUGUAAGAAAAUAAGUUUUCAGUGUUUGUAUUUAUUUCUGGAAUCAUGAGCUAAAUUUGUACUUGUUGGGGAAUGGGAGCACCCUUUUGAUAUGACUGGACACAUAGAUGUUUAACUUUUU